AUGACGACACACCUGCAGGGCCGCUCCUCAAGGGGCCCAGGGACAAUCGCUCGAUCCCUUACAACCCUUAGCAGCUUCGGACCCAGCAGCAGCAGCAGUAGUAGUAUUAGGAGUAGCAGCAAGGCUGAGCCCGACGCCAUAGAACUGCACGAGUGGAAACCCACGCCUGCCCCAGAGAAAAGCAGCAGGAGCUCCCCUUCCAGACAAGAUGUUCAGCAGCAUGCAGCAAGCAACGCCAGUACACCCCCUGUUGUAGGCCAUGGAGGGGCUUUUCUUCGUUGGCUGCGGGGGAAGAGCGGCGGCGUCUGGUGGGGGCCCCUCUUCCUGCUGCUGCUCUUCCUCCUACUCAUCCCCAACUCCCCAUCAGCAGCAGAAGCUGCAGCAUCUGAGCCCUCGAAAGAAUCGCUUGUAGGGGCAUGGCUUGAAGGAAAUGGGGCCACUGACGAGGAGAGAUUUGAAACGCCCGAGGGAGCCCCCGAACAAGGCCGGGGGACCCCCGAGGUAGGGACGGUGCCCACCGCAGAAGAAGAGGUGCCAAGGGCCCCGACUCGGCGUUUAAGUGGCAUUUCUGCUUGGGCUGCUGACAUCGAAGCAUCCCUGCGACUGAGUCCGCGGCUCAGUCUGUACCUGGGGGUCUUCUUGACUCUCUCCGGCUCCCUCCUGAUGGCUGGAGGCAGCACUCUAAUGAAAUUAGGAUUGAGUGUAGAGGAGAUUGAUAGCCUCCGCGGCCAGUCGUGCGAUCAGCAGUGGCUGUGGGGAUUUGCUGGUGAGCCUGGCUCCUUACUCGUCGCACGCGCUCCGUAUGUUGCUGGGGCUUGCAUGCAUGUGGUGGCCCUGGGCUUCGCUCCUGCAAGUGUUCUCUCGCCUAUGAACUCCAUCGGACUCAUAGCCAACGCAGUCGCGUCAGCGACGGUGCUGAAGGAACCCUUUGGGUUUCAAGAGUUGCUAUUUACAGGUGGCUGCGCGUUCGGCGUUUUCUUGUGUGCAUGCGCUUCUGUAUUGCCUCGGACUGAGUUCGUAGACUUGGGCUCCGACUUUGACAGCCGCUACAUCGGUUUGUACAGCUGGAGGGACCCCUGGUACUUGGCGUUCUUGGGGCUCUGCUGCGGCCUGGGGUUUGGAGCUCUGGUGUAUCUCAACAGUGUUGAGUCUGCGCUGCUCGAAGAAAAGGAACAGCAGCUCCUCAGGCAGUCCGAUAGAGAUAUUGCUCUCAUAACCCACAACAGCUCCCCCACCCACGAACUGCACCCCCUGCCACUGCAGUUCUUGAGUUUGAGUCUGUGCUACGGCUUCCUUGCUGGCCUCGUUGGUUCGCAAUGCAUUUUGGAGGUCAAGGAGAUCGGGACCUGCGCGCGCUACGGGUUAACUCAGAGCUCCAUUUGGUUCUCUCCGCAGCCGUAUUUAGUGUGCUGCUUCUUGGGCCUCUCCGUCUGGAUGCAGAUCCACUUCUUGAACUUGGGUCUUGCACGCGGAGAUGCAACGACGAUUGUUCCGACAUAUUACGUGGUGUGGACUUUCUUUGGCACUCUCGGAGGGUUCGCCAAGUUUCACGAAGUGCAGGGAUUCAGCGCAGGAGCUCUUGUACUUUUCGGGUUGGGUUUUGGGUUGACGGCAAUUUGCAUUAUCCUCUUGGCCGUGCAGGAGAUGAGAAACCUCCGCAAAUAUGUAGACCAACAAGUUCCAGAAAUCGAUGACGAAGAGGCCGACCUCGCUACGCAGGACCUUGUGGAGCAGCGUCUGUCUAAGCGGGUGACGUUUGCUAUGGGGAUGUUUCCGAUAUCUUCUUUGGGGCGGACAGCUGGGCGACGUCGCUUUCGGCCAGUGUAUCAGCGCUUCAGGCGCACGCGUUCAACAGCAUCCGAUACUGCCUUAGGGGAUGCCUAUGGAGAGCUUACCCUUGGCAGCACCUCCGUUGCAGGAGCGUACACGCUGCCCCCCAAUCUGCACUUUCCUCGACGCAGCACAGAUGUGACAGCGCUGCAGCACGGCCGCAGUUCCGGGGAGGUAGGCGACACUCAGGGCGUUCCGCUGCGUCCUGUAGUAACAUACUCUAGCGGCGGCGGCGGCGGUGGCAGCAGCAGCAGUAGCAGCAGCAACGGGGGCGUCAUGGGGGCCCCCGCUGACCCUCUGAGCCGAAUGUCUUUGGGCUCCACCAGCAGCGCCCAGCUGUCGAACCCCUACAGCGGCAAACCAACAGGAGCAACAACAACAAUGAUGCAUUCUCCUUCUCACUACCACAUGCCCCCUUCUCUCAGAUCCUCCCUCCGAUCUGAAUUUUCAACUGUUGUUGUGCCUGAAGAGCAGGACUUCAACUUAGUAUGGUUCGCUAAGCAGCAGCAAAAAGGUCUAUUUUCGCAGCAAUAG